AUGAAACCUCUUUCUUUUAUACUUCUCUCUAUUCUCUGUAUAGUGUCCAGUGCACUCGCGAGUCCGUCAACGGAUAAAUUCGAGCAAUUCCAAACUCUUUCGCGUCUUGCACCCAUUGACCUGGACGACUCGUUAUAUGAUGAUCUGACUUCAAAGCCACGCGAUUAUUAUGCCGCCGUCGUCCUGACAGCAACGGAGGCUCGCUUUGGUUGUAUUCUGUGCCGGGAACUUCAGCCAGAAUGGGAGCUCAUUGCACAGAGUUGGAACAAGGGCUCGAAGUCUGAUGAGCUAAAGUUGCUUUUUGGUACCCUUGAUUUUGUCCACGGCAAGGCUAUAUUUCAAAAGCUGAUGCUUCAAACCGCACCUGUUUUACUGCUGUUCCCUCCGACUGUUGGCCCAUUUGCCAGGGUUGAUGAUACGCCCUUCAGAUUUGACUUUACAGGUCCCAUGUCCGCGGACCAACUGUACACAUGGAUUAACCGUCACCUGCCCGAGGGACCGAAGCCUCCUCUUGUACGUCCUGUCAAUUACGUGCGACUUGUCUCUGCAAUCACACUGUCUAUGGGUGCGGUGACGCUUUUUACGGUAUUAUCACCCUACGUUCUGCCAAUUGUUCGGAAUCGAAACAUCUGGGCUGCGAUCAGCCUUAUUGCUGUUCUUCUCUUUACAAGUGGACACAUGUUCAAUCACAUCCGGAGAGUACCAUAUGUCGUUGGAGAUGGCAAAGGGGGCAUCAGCUACUUCGCCGGUGGGUUCCAAACCCAAUUUGGAAUGGAGACACAAAUCGUUGCAGCUAUAUAUGCCACGCUUUCUUUUGCGACAAUUGCACUUGCCAUGAAAGUACCUCGUAUGGCCGACGCAAAAGCGCAACAAGUGGCCGUAGUGAUCUGGGGAGUUGUCUUGUUUGGGGUGUACAGUUUCCUCCUCAGUGUUUUCAAGGCAAAGAAUGCCGGCUACCCUUUCUUCCUGCCCCCAUUCUAG